AUGGUGCAUGCCAUCUAUAUCGACUUUAAAAAGGCCUUCGAUAGUGUGCCUCACCACCGCCUUCUAUACAAACUUAGUCGUGCAGGAGUGCGAGGUAAGCUUCUGAUGUGGAUUCGUAGCUUUUUAAUCGGCCGCUCUCAAGCCGUCCACGUCGGUGACCAACAAUCUGCCGAGGUUGCCGUUAAGAGUGGUGUUCCCCAAGGUUCUGUUCUUGGCCCUACGUUGUCCCUCGUAUCCGUCAAUGAUUGCGCAAACGAACUGAAUUGCGAUGUCGCAAUGUUUGCCGAUGACAUAAAGAUCUGGGGUACCAUACGAAGCGAAGUUGAUGAGGCGCGACCGCAGGCAAGUCUGGACCACCUCGAGCAAUGGUCGAAAGACUGGCUUCUACCGUUUAACGUAAACAAGUGUACUUUCCUACGCGUCGGCAGAACCAGUUCUCCUAACCACACGGUCUACCGUCUGACUGGCAAACCACUGCAAGAAGUCGACGCCCAGAAGGACUUGGGUGUAUGGAUCACAACCUCGCUUAAGCCUUCGCUGCAAUGUUCAAAGGUGGCCAAGUCGGCGAUGUCCAUGCUAUACCUUGUCAAACGGGUGUUCUCCUCCUUUGAUGAGGACUGCUUCGCCAAGGUCUUUCAAACUUUUGUGCGACCGCAUCUGGAGUUUGCUAUCCAAGCAUGGCGACCCUGGACCGCUAAAGACUUGGGCAUACUCGAAAAAGUUCAACGGCGAGCAACGAAACUUGUAUCCGGGCAGUGGUCGCUACCCUACGAAACGCGAUUAGCUAAUCUUGACCUCUUUCCUUUGAGUUACAGACAGCUACAUGGGGACCUGAUACAAGCUUUCCGCAUCGUGCGCAAUCAGGGCUGCUGCCUCGCGUUUGGAGACUUCUUCGAGUUGGCGACAUCGACUAACCUGAGAGGUCAUCCACUCAAACUGCUUGUGGCUGGUGCCCUGCUAGACAGCCCGCUUUACCUGCCUGCGCAUUUUGAGGAGCUUUUCCUGUUUUAA